AUGUUCGCGCAUAUCGAAAACGAUAAACUAGUGCAAGACCCUGAUGAUACGACGUUCGACUAUGGAGGUCCUGGAGAUAAUUUUGAUUCCUUCAUAGCUCCCAUUCGAAAACAGCGACCUCAAAUUCAUCGCAAAUGGGUGUUUCUAGUCCCUGAAACUCCGAUCAUGUAUGCCCCUUCCACAACUCUCUGGGACCGUGUCGCAGAAUGCCCGCCUGUCGAAUACAAGACCGGAUACUGGCAUAUUUGGGAGCCUGGCCCCGCUCCUGUUCCUGUUUUACCCAACGAUUCCGCUUCCAUAUCCGUCUUUCUCGUUCCUGAUUCCCAGUACGCACAGUUGAAUGAGGAACGGGACAAGUUGACCAGUUUGCGGGUGAAGAACAUCUUUCAACGUCCCCAGAAGGCUCCUUCCAAGGGUGCAACCGCCUCUACUUUUAUCAAUGACCACAAAUCCAAUCCCAUCGCCAUUGGGCGGCCAAAGCAGGACGACUUCUAUCACGUCCCUAUUUCCCUCUUCUAUGCCGAAUUUGCUCAAUUCAAAGAAGAUAUUGUGUCCGGCACUCUUGAUCAAGAAUUGUCACCCCUCGCUUACAGGUGGUUAAAGGAACUCUCAGGCUUCAUUGAAGACGAACAGGAGCGAGAGUCCAAGUUUCAUGAGCUACUAUCCGAUUUACUCGACGGUUACGAGGUGGCGAGAAGGAAAAUCGGCUCGUUUGAGACCGGCGGAGGCAUUGAUCCCAAGGAUACGGAUUUACCUGAUCUGUUAGUUAAGCCCUUGCUUGUGGAGGUCAAGAUAGAAUUUACCCAAGGAUCGUGUGACGCUGUCUUUGAGAUUGUACUUUGUGAUCAGGAAGGUGUCAGGCUCAUACUUUCAAAUGAUAAAUACAAGGGUGAUUGGCGAAAGACAAGGAUUCCCUCUAUCCUCGUCAUUCAUAAUGGGCCCAAUGUUCAGGCUCUAGGUGCCGUCUAUUUGACCGAUCAACACGUCGAAGUUCUCUCACCUUCGCUGCCGCUUUAUUUCAGCGAGUACGAUACCCGUUCUAUGGAAAAUCUUCUCAGAUUUAUGACAGCCCUCCGGAAUCUCUUCCGCUCUCUUCUCAAGGUUUACGAAAAGCCAAACGACUACGCUAUUGACUCUGAUCAGGUCAGUUUCCCUUAUCCUCGCUCAUACCGGUCUUCCGGGACCACGGUUUGGUUCAACUACAUCAAGCGAGUCAGCCAGAUUCGCCUCGUAUUCACCGCCCGUACUGAGGGUGAUCAAGAUAUCAUCGUCAAAUUCGGAUACGGGCCUUAUGGAGUUGAGGCGCACCAGGCAGCAGCGGAAUCUGGCUUUGCCCCAGCUCUGCUGAGCCAUUCCAAUCUUGCUGGUGGUGACUUUCAACCAUGCAACAAUUUUGACAUCCUCGAGCCGCCUUGCAAGGAUGCGAUUACAGAGUGUGUGUCGAAGUUUCACACCAUGGGUUUUGUUCAUGGUGAUUUGCGUGACACAAAUGUGUUUGUGCGUCGAAAACAGGAUGGAUGGGAAUGUCAGCUCAUUGACUAUGAUUGGGCUGGGCGAGAAGGAGAGGUUGUGUACCCGAUUGGAGUGUAUAGCACUCACAGUGUUUGGCGACCCGAACUUCAUCUGGACGGUCAGUUGAUUACCUCUGAGCAUGAUAAUUCAACGGUAAAUGAAUUUUUGAGACGACGCACUAAAAUCAUUCGUUUCUGAUGUAAUAUUUCUUGGAAUUGUACUGCAUCCAUACGAUAGUCUCAGUUGGUGCUUCCACACUAUGUUUCAUUAUUUGUUUGUUUU